AUGGGCACCACUUCGUUUCAUGUUGCGGUGUAUCCAUGGUUUGCCUUAGGCCAUCUUACAUCAUACCUUCACAUAUCCAACAAACUUGCUGAGAGAGGCAACAGGAUUUCAUUUCUAAUGCCUAGAAAUACCAUACCCAAAUUGGAACAUUUCAAUCUCUACCCAGAUCUCAUCUCCUUCAUUCCGAUAACCAUACCAGACGUCGAUGGCCUCCCUCCUGGGUCUGAAACAACUGCAGACCUUCCUUUCUCAUUGUAUUCCCUUCUCAUGGCAGCAAUGGACCUCACUGAGCCUGCCAUUGAAAAUUUUCUCAGAGAGCUUAGACCCCAUAUGGUAUUCUUUGAUUUCACAUAUUGGUUACCUGCAUUGGCAUCCCGGUUAGGCAUUAAGGCUGUAAAUUACUGCACAACUAGCCCUGCCGUUGUAGGAUAUGUUAUAAGCCCAGAAAGAAAACUCCAUGAAAAGUCACUAACAGAAACUGAUCUAUUACACCCUCCACCAAGCUUUCCUGCAUCAGCCAUGCGGCUACAACCUUAUGAAGCAAGAGAUGUAGCUGCUAUCACUAUAAAGAGUCACGGUAAAGGCAUUUCAUUUAUGGAGCGCCAAAUUAUAUCUUUCACCAGCUGUGAUGCUGUCAUUUUCAAAACUUGCAGAGAAAUGGAUGGUCCUUAUUGUGAUUAUCUUGAAAGGCAAAUGAGAAAGCAGGUGUUUAUGGCAGGACCAGUUUUGCCAUACCCACCAAUAUCCAAUUUAGAAGAAAAAUGGGUGACUUGGCUAGGAAGUUUCAAACCGAAAACAGUGAUUUUCUGCGCUUUUGGAAGUGAAUCAGAAACAGUGAAGUCAGCUUUGCCUGAAGGAUUUAUUGAGAGAACAAAAGGAAGAGGGGUGGUUUAUGGAGAUUGGGUUCAACAGCAAUUGAUCUUGCACCACCCAUCCGUGGGUUGUUUCGUAACUCAUUGUGGUUCUGGAUCAUUAACAGAGGCCAUGGUAAAUGAGUGCCAAAUGGUACUGCUCCCUCACGCAGGAGAUCAAUUUAUUAAUGCAAGAAUAAUGAGUGAAGAAUUGAAAGUAGGAGUAGAGGUUAAGAAAAGUGCAGAUGAUGGACUAUUUACUAGGCAAGCUGUGUGCAAGGCUGUGAUAACUGUAAUGGACACUAAUAAUGAAGUGGGACAAGUUGUGAGAAAGAACCAUGGCAAAUGGAGGGAGUUCCUACUCAGCAAGGGGCUCGAAAACUAUUACUUGGAUGAUUUGGUUCAGAAGCUGCAUAGUCUGCUCAAGUCUUGAUUUAGACAUUAUUAAAAAUAUUGAAAGCCACUAGAUGAAUAAAUAGCAUUUACAUAUGAGCU